UUUUUUUUUGGUGGGCUCAUGUUGAUCUCAAAAACUAAAUAUAUAAUAAUAUCCCAAGCAUGUUAGGUGUUUGUUGCUCAAUAUAUAUCACUACACAGGUUGGAGGAAUUUUUUUGGAGCUUUAAGCUGGAGAGGUAACAAUCUCUUGGAAACAAUGUUCAUUUCCAGCUUGUCAACAAAUAUCAAGAUCCUUAAGUUACAGCUAGGAUGGCCGCAGCUAAGCUCACCAUGCUUAUGGGACGAAGCCAGCAUACUUCUGCAGUUGGGGUUCCUUGGAAUCUUACUAGUUCACUUUGUGUGGAAAACUGACGAUUCAUUAUGCAAACAUAGAAAAAAGUCGACAGGCGCAGAAAAAUAUCCCAUUGGCAUAAAAUAUGGCCUCUCUUACAAAGUCAGCAUAGCGGGCUCCAUUAUGCUACUGGUAAUACAUCUCGUGAUACUACUGACUCAGCAAAACCAAAAUGGGGCACAAUGCAAAUCUAAAGUCCCAGUUCUUUCAUCACAGAUCAUGCAAGUUAUAAUAUGGGCAAUUACGUUGUUCACUCUAAGCGAGGUUCCCAAUAAAAAGUACACCAAGUUCCCUUGGAUUCUAAGAACCUGGUGGGCUUGUAGCUUCUUACUGUCUCUUGGCCGUACAGCUAUUGAUGCCCGUUUCAUAAUAAUAAGUCAUGACCGCGUUAAAGUACACAAUUUUGUUGAAUUGCUUGGUCUUCUCACAUCGACCAGCCUAUUGAGUAUUUCAAUUAGAGGAAAGACUGGCAUUGUCUUCUAUGUUGUGAAUGGCAUCACGGACCCACUUCUCAAUGGCAAAGCCGAGAAGGGUUCAGAAAGCAAAAGGAACUGUCUCUAUGAAAAAGCUACUUUCUUCAACCUCAUUUCCUUCUCAUGGUUGAAUCCUUUGUUUGCUGUUGGGAUCAAGAAACCCCUUGACCAGAAUGAAGUCCCCAAUGUUGACAUCAGAGACUCUGCUGGAUUUCUAUCCCAUUCCUUUGAUGAAAGUCUAAAGCAUGUCCAGGUGAGAGACAGAACCACAAACCCAUCUAUCUACAAGGCGAUGUUUGUGUUUAUCAGGAAAAGAGCAGCAAUUAAUGCAUUUUUUGCAGUGACAAGUGCAAUAGCAUCAUAUGUUGGCCCAUACCUUAUUAACAACUUUGUAAACUUCCUAAAUGAAAAGAAAACUCGAGGCUUAGGGAGUGGAUACCUUAUAGCACUAGGCUUUCUAGGUGCCAAAAUGGUUGAGACAACAGCAGAGAGACAAUGGAUCUUUGGGUCUCGCCAGCUAGGUCUUCGGCUGAGAGCUGCUCUGACAUCAUGCAUAUACAAGAAGGGCCUCCUAUUAUCAAGCCAAUCCCGCCAUGGCCACUCCAGUGGAGAGAUCAUCAACUACAUGAGUGUGGACAUCCAAAGAAUCUCCGACUUCAUGUGGUACUUGAACACCAUCUGGCAAUUGCCUAUACAAAUCUCCUUAGCUAUCUUUAUUAUACACUCAAAUUUAGGGCUAGGUUCACUGGUGGCACUAGCUGCAACUUUGGUAGUGAUGGCUUGCAACAUACCAAUUACUAGAGUGCAGAAAACAUACCAGUCUAAGAUCAUGGAAGCCAAAGACGGUAGAAUGAAAGCCACUUCAGAAGUUCUCCGAAACAUUAAAAUCCUCAAACUUCAAGCAUGGGAUAAUCAAUAUCUUCACAAGCUAGAAAGUCUGAGGAAAACAGAAUAUAAUUGCUUAUGGAAGUCACUAAGAUUGUCAGCAAUAUCGAGUUUUAUCUUUUGGGGAUCACCAACAUUUAUCUCUGUGCUGACUUUUGGGGCAUGUAUGUUAAUGGGGAUUCCACUCACAGCUGGAAGCGUCCUGUCUGCACUGGCCACAUUUCAAAUGCUACAAGGCCCAAUAUUCAAUCUACCUGAUUUACUCUCUACAAUCGCGCAAAGCAAAGUCUCUGCAGAUAGAGUAGCUUCUUACCUUCAAGAAGAUGAAAUUAAAUUGGAUGAAAUUGAAUUUGUUCCAAAAGAUCAAACAGAAUUUGAAGUUGAAGUCAAUGGUGGAACAUUUAGUUGGGAGGCUGGAUCAAGAAGCCCAACCCUUGAUGGAAUACAGUUACGAGUGAAGAGGGGUAUGAAGGUAGCUAUUUGUGGCACUGUAGGAUCAGGGAAGUCCAGUUUGUUCUCAUCCAUGUUGGGAGAGAUGACAAAACUGUCUGGGACAGUGAAAAUCAGUGGUACAAAGGCUUAUGUUCCCCAGUCCCCAUGGAUAAUGUCAGGGAAUGUCAGAGAGAAUAUUCUCUUUGGAAAUCCUUUUGAUAGUGCCAAAUAUGACAAAAUAGUCAAUGCCUGUGCUCUGACAAAGGAUUUCGAGUUGUUCCCUGCCGGUGACUUAACAGAAAUUGGAGAAAGAGGAAUAAAUAUGAGUGGAGGCCAGAAGCAAAGGAUACAAAUUGCCCGUGCAGUGUAUCAAGAUGCUGAUAUAUAUCUGCUUGAUGACCCUUUCAGUGCCUUGGAUGCCCAUACUGGCACACAACUCUUUGAGGACUGCCUGUCAGGGAUUCUCAAGGACAAGACCAUACUUUAUGUUACACACCAAGUUGAAUUUCUCCCAGCAGCUGACCUCAUUUUGGUGAUGCAAAAUGGAAGAAUUGCACAAGCUGGAACAUUUGAAAAACUUUUGAAAGAAAAUAUUGGAUUUGAAGUUUUGGUUGGAGCUCAUAACCAUGCUCUAGAAUCUGUCAUAACAGUUGGAAAUUCAAGUAAAGAAUCUCAGAAUGAAAUACCUGACGAUGAAUUCAGUGAAGACCUCACAUCAAUUGGAGAACUUGAACACACCAAGCCCAACUUGGAGAACAAACCCUGUGUAGAGAUAGCAGAAAAGGAAGCAAGAUUGGUGCAAGAUGAAGAGAGAGAAAAAGGAAGCAUUGAAAGCAAAGUUUAUUGGUCUUACUUGACUAUUGUGAAGGGUGGCAGCUUAGUUCCAAUCAUAAUUCUGGCCCAGACAACGUUCCAAGUUUUACAAAUAGCCAGUAAUUACUGGAUGGCAUGGGCUUGUUCAACAGGUGGCGCUGAACUAAUAGCAGGGACAAAUUUUAUAUUGCUAGUUUAUACAUUUCUUGCUGUUGGAAGUUCAAUUUGUGUGCUGAUCCGAGCCAUGCUAGUGGCAAUUGCAGGAAUUCUGACAUCACAAGAGCUCUUUACCAACAUGCUUCAUAGUAUCCUUAGUGCUCCAAUGGAAUUCUUUGAUUCAACCCGAACUGGAAGAAUUUUAAAUCGGGUAUCUACAGACCAAAGUGUACUAGACUUGGAGAUGGCAACCAGAUUAGGUUGGUGUGCUUUCUCAAUAAUUCAGCUUCUGGGUGCAAUUGUUGUCAUGUCACAGGUAGCAUGGGAAAUACUUGUCAUCUUCAUUCCAGUAACCGCAAUCUGCAUAUGGUACCAACGAUAUUACACACCAACUGCAAGAGAACUAGCCCGAUUAGCAGGGAUACAACUAGCUCCAAUUCUCCACCACUUUUCAGAAUCACUCUCUGGAGCAGCAACAAUCCGUGCUUUCGGCCAAAAAGACCGCUUCAUUGAUGCAAAUCUCAACCACAUUGACAAUCACUCAAGGUCAUGGUUCCAUAAUAUGGCAGCAAUGGAAUGGCUAUCUUUCAGACUGAACCAGUUAUCUAAUUUUGUUUUCGCCUUCUUAUUGGUUUUGCUUGUGACCCUUCCAGAUGGAGUUAUCAAUCCAAGCAUUGCAGGAUUGGCUGUAACAUAUGGAAUUAAUCUUAAUGUUCUGCAAGCUGUAGUUAUAUGGUGCAUAUGCACUGCAGAAAAUAAAAUGAUAUCGGUUGAAAGAAUUCUUCAGUACUCAAAUAUUACCAGUGAAGCACCUCUGGUGAUUGAAGAUUGCAGACCACCAAACAACUGGCCAGAAAUUGGAACAAUUUGUUUCACAAACUUGCAGGUUCGUUAUGCUGAGCAUCUCCCAUCCAUAUUGAAAAACAUUACCUGCACAUUUCCAGGAAGGAAGAAAGUUGGUGUUGUAGGAAGGACAGGGAGUGGGAAAUCAACCCUCAUACAGGCCAUUUUUCGGAUCAUUGAACCAAGAGAGGGAAGCAUUAUAAUUGAUGAUGUAGAUAUUUCCAAGAUAGGCCUUCAUGAUUUGAGAUCAAGGCUUAGUAUCAUACCACAAGACCCAACUAUGUUUGAGGGUACAGUCAGAGAAAAUCUUGACCCACUACAACAAUACUCUGACAAUGACAUAUGGGAGGUCCUCAACAAAUGUCAACUAGGUGGCCUGGUGCGUGCAAAGGAAGGGAAGCUAGAUUCUACAGUGAUUGAAAAUGGAGAAAAUUGGAGUGUGGGACAAAGGCAGUUAAUUUGCCUUGGAAGAGCUUUGCUGAAGAGAAGCAGUAUUCUAAUUCUAGAUGAAGCAACAGCAUCAGUUGAUUCUGCAACUGACACAGUGAUACAGAAGGUUAUCAAUCAAGAGUUCAGAGAUCGGACCAUUGUCACAAUAGCUCACAGAAUCCACACAGUUAUAGAUAGUGAUCUAGUAUUGGUCCUUAGUGAAGGAAGAAUAGCGGAGUUCAACACACCAGCUAAGCUACUGGAAAGAGAGGAUUCUUUCUUCUCAAGACUAAUAAAGGAGUACUCCAUGAGAUCACAAGGUUUCAACAGCUUAGCAAGGUUACAUAAUUGAAUCAGGUUCCCACAGUUCUAGAAUGAAACUUGGAGGGCCAUCCCAUGGAAGAAAGAUUAUCAGUAAAAAAUGAGGGAUUAAGUAAGAAAACUUUUUGAGUGAUCUCUCAGCUACUACACCGGAGACGAACUGAUAGCCUUGAGUGAAGUGGCACCUAUGUUAGUGGCUUCUACGAUAAGAGACAGCAAGCCUGAAAUCAUUCUUCAUUCUGACUCAGCAUCUCUGAGUCUUCAAUUUUGAUGGAAGAAAAAAUAAAAAUACUCUUUGCUAUUUUGUAAGAAAUCUACUAAGAUUGUUAGCAAACUUUCGGUAGUAAUAUUGGCGUGGAACAGAAUUUGUUGAAUCCUAUGCUUCCAAGUAGAAAAAUUAGUGUCAUGAAAGUCUUUCAGUUUUGCUUA